UAAAGUCGGAUUGCUGUUUCGUGGUGUUUACGAUUAUUAAAUAUUAUAAAAAUAAUAUAAAAUGAUCUUCUUAUUUAUUUUAUAAGUAGUAAAAACUGUUGAAAAUGAAGUCGUUCAAACUCAUCGUGCACCAGGCUAAUUUUAAACCUGUGGAUUUAAUUAUCAACUUGAAAGAUUAUCCGGGCCUAAAAGAGAAAGAUAUAGUGGAAAUCUAUCACCCUGAAAAUGAUUAUCCAAGGUUACUCCUCCAAGUUACAUCGGUGGAUGCACCAGGUCGAACAAAAGAUACAAUAAGUGUGGAACAAAGCAUUGCCACAACAUUCCAAUUAAGGACCUUUGCUGAUGUUUAUGUGAAUAUAGUAAAUGUGGCAGAUGUCUCUUUGGAUUCUGUUGAACUUACUUUCAAAGACCAGUACAUGGGUCGAUCCGAGAUGUGGAGGUUGAAAAAUCAUUUGGUAAGCACAUGCGUGUACCUAAACAAGAAAAUUGAAUAUUGUGGUGGAGCAAUAAGAUGCCAAGUGUACGAAAUGUGGUCACAAGGAGACCGAGUGGCCUGUGGAGUCAUCACCGAAGAUACCAAGAUUGUCUUUCGGUCUUCAACAUCCAUGGUCUACUUGUUCAUACAAAUGUCUUCGGAAAUGUGGGAUUUUGACAUCCAUGGGGAUCUGUACUUUGAGAAGGCUGUGAACGGUUUCCUCGCAGAUCUCUUUGCUAAGUGGAAGAAACAUGGUAGCAAUCACGAAGUCACAAUAGUGUUGUUUUCAAGAACAUUUUACAAAGCGAAAUCUCUUGAAGAGUUUCCGCAACACAUGAAAGAGUGUCUUCAAAAAGAUUACAGGGGCAGAUUCUAUGAAGAUUUUUAUAGAGUUGCAGUUCAGAAUGAGAGGUAUGAAGACUGGUCCAAUGUCCUCCUACAGUUAAGGAGGCUCUUCACAGACUACCAGAAGAUAGUACUGCAGUACCAUGAAAGACCAAACAUGGAAAUACCGACGGCUAUCAACUCAACGGCGGCACAGGGGAAUUUUCUCGAAGUUCUCAACAUGAGCUUGAAUGUUUUCGAAAAACAUUACUUAGACAGAUGUUUCGAUCGCACUGGUCAACUGAGCGUGGUAAUCACCCCGGGAGUGGGCGUCUUCGAGGUAGACAGGGAACUGACCAACGUCACCAAACAGAGAAUCAUUGACAACGGUGUCGGCAGUGACCUCGUCUGCGUUGGAGAACAACCUCUACACGCUGUCCCCUUACUCAAAUUCCACAAUAAAGACAACAAUCUCAACUCCAUAGAUGAUUACUCUAUGCCACAUUGGAUUAACUUGUCUUUCUACUCGACAAACAAAAAAGUUGCCUAUUCUAACUUCAUACCGAGGAUAAAAUUGCCGCCAAGAAAAAGUCAAGAGCCGUUGAAAAAGAUGUACGAAGACGAUAAAGGGAAGUUGUUGAAGGAAGACGAGUAUAUGCACAAUUCAAUUUUUGAUUACGAUGCGUACGAUGCGCAAGUGUUUCAGCUGCCUCCUGCUCACAGUACAUGCGUGCAAAGAGUGGCUCGUACGAAGAAAACUUCAGUGGCUGGCCUGGAAGGGAUCAGGCGUAGUCCGCCCGCGUCGGUGCUACACUAUAGGAAAAUGUCGGACCCGGAUAUACAUCACAGCCUCGGAGACAUCUUGGCAAGCGCCACCAAAGCGGGUCUGGAGCAAAGCACGGACGCGACUGAUUCGGGCGUGUCAAGCACCAGGAUUUCUCCUAGAAGCUCGAUAUCCUCUAACAAGCCAGUGAUUAGGACCGGCCGGGCGCUCAUCAACCCGUUCGACCCUUCACAUGUUACUGUCAAACUCACGAGUAACAGGCGCCGAUGGACACAUAUUUUCCCAAAAGGUCCAACGGGUGUACUGAUUCAGCAGCAUCACUACCAGGCGCGGCCGGCGGGCGAGCCCACCUCCAGGAACGAAGAACAUCAGACCAACAAAGAGAAUGGCAGUACUAUUAUGAACAACAACCAUUCUACGUACCAAGUUGAUGGAAACACUAUCAGCAAUAGAAAGCGCAUGAUCAGCGCGUCUGGUGCUAUAAGCAUCUUGGGGGCAGCUUUGGUACCACCGUCCACUACCAAUAACGCCUCUCUGGCACUUCUUUGGGGUGCCACAGGAGAACAAGAGUGGACCCCCGCUCUUACUACAGGCGUGGAUUGGAAGUCACUGACUAUCCCGGCUUGUCUGCCCAUCACCACGGAUUACUUUCCGGACAACCGGUCCUUGCAGAACGACUAUCUGGUGUCAGAUUACAAUCUGUUACCUGAUGACGUCAAUGCGGACUUCGCUCAGAACAGAGCCAUUUAUAAGGAGCCUCUAACGACCAUGGAGGUGUUCAAAGAGUUGGUCUCGCAGAGGUUAGCUCAGGGCUUCCAACUGAUAGUGGGUGUGAACGAGAACGAUAUGAUCGAGUCUCACUGCCCGUCGACCCCUGUGCCACCAGUGUCGAAGGUGGCUCCGCAGUGCGGCAAACUGACCAACUCAGCGCCCACCAAACGAUUCCUGCUAUCCAUCGGCAGGAUAUUCCACAAGCUCACUCUAGUCGGAUCCACCAUCACUGUCACCAGAUAUAGACCCAGACACCCGUACCCUCCGUUCAAUAUCCACUAUCGCUACCGCUUCCACGCGCCCAACCACGACACGUACGAAGUGUCUUGGGUUUCCUUCACCACGGAGAAAUUGGAGAACUAUAACUGGAACUACAUGGAUCACUACAUCUGUACGCGUGGCGACACUGAUUUCGCACUUGUUGAGGCUUUGAAAUACUGGCGAUUCCGUACACUCCUGUUGCCGCUAAACAAUCCGGCUACGAAGAAAAUCGUCGAUGAUGAAAGCACACACUGCGACAUCUACCCUACUCCGACGCGGCAGGACCUAGAACACCUCACCGACGGUUUCCUUAAAAUGACUGAGCAGUACUUCAACAAAGUCAAACGGCCCAACCAAAACAAACAAAGGAUGGGGCCGUCGGCGGCGGACUCGGCGCUCACGAGGCGGAGGCACUCCACUUCGAUCCUCACUAGGAACCAGGGCGGGCCGUCGAGCUCGCCGUUCAGAGAACGCGUGGGAAGCACGCGCCUGCCGGACCGGCCCAGGCUCCGGAUCGAAGCUAUGACGGCAGCCAAGUCAAUACUGGAAAGAACACAGUCCCAAUCUGGGGAACUAGACGACGCCUAUGAAGACGGCGACACAAAACAAGAACCAAAGUUGAAAGCUAACGCGUCGCUCUCAGACAUCAUAGAGCGCAUGCGCCACCCAACGCUGGGCGUGGGCUUCCUCCAGCAAACUGUCAGUCUGCCUUCCCACGCCUUCGUCUCCAUAUUCGCCAUCCACUGGCUAGAAAUUAACAUGGAGAACAUGACAUGUGAAAAAGCUACUGCAAUUAUGGAUAAAUUGUUACAAGAGAAAAUGAUAUGCCAUGCGUCCGGCGACACGGCAAAGCGAUUUGUCGUGGGUUAUUAUAUGUACCACAUACUACCACAGAAGAAGGAUAAAGAAUUAACAGACUACGUGAAACCCCUGGGCGACCUGCAAAGCUUCGAGAACGAAUGGAUGGAGGUGGAAGUGCUGGGCCCGCGGUCUCCGCUGCCUGUCGAGACUGCCAUCGGGGCCAUAGACAUCUCAGGCUCCAGCUCCCAAAGUGACGACACCGGCGUCCCGGCCUUCCUCUGUGAUAACAUAGAUCCUCACUAUAUGCAAGGGGGGAGUGAUAGUGAUUUACCGCUAUACAAGAACACGCAUCUGGAUAUUGAUGUGAACAACAAGAGUGACCGCAUAGAGUGGGGCCACGCGCGCUACCAGGCCACCUUCAGGCCGGACCAGGCGUACGAGAUGUGCAUACAGUGGGCCGUCGCCAGCGGGAACAUUGUUGCUGAACUGAUUUUUGGAUGGGCGCGAAAGGCUCAGACUUGCAAACUACAAAUGGUGCCCAUACCAGCCGACCCGCUCGCACUACCGUUUACCUUAAAGUCUGACCCCCUAAGAGGUCCUAUCUAUGUUCCGCUGAAUGAAGAGCCUUUGUUGAAACAUAAAACAGCUUUAUUCGAAGGUUUCCCAGAAGAUACGUGGCUAGAACGGCUGUUCCUAUUCCAAGAGGCUAUAGUGGGUCGGUUCGGGUUCAUCAAAUGCACCGUGGAAAGUACGUCACACGCCGCUGGUGUAGGAGACCACCUUUACGUCCAUGUGACUGGAAACAUGUUCAUUCUCAUACCCACUACUGUCAAGACUGAGCAGAAAGCUUUGAGGACUAGACCGGCUAAUAAACCGCUCAACGCUAGCAGAUAUCCGGUCCAUUCUGAGGCGGCUCCCAGCCCGCACGAAGCCUACAUAACGCGACACGUGAGCGGGAAAAACAAGGACGACUACGAUAACAGCCGGCGGAUGGGAUUCCUUUGGUCUUGGAAUCACAUGAUCUCCAAGAAGUGGAAAUCGUCACAGAUACCGGCUACGGGAGAUGAAUCUUUCCAGAUGAGAAUGUUACGAGAUUUCAAGCAUUUCUGCGCAAAUCAGGAACAAAGACUCAGUCAGUUCUGGGACCAAUGUUGGGAGAUGAAGGAGAAAGCUAGCGGCAUCCAUUGUUGAAUUUGUUAUAAAGCCAAAUAUUAAAUGCUUAUGAAAGAAUAAAAUAAGGUAGCUUCCACAAGUUGUGAAGCUGGAGUAAAAUGGAGCCAACAUAAAUAAAGUAGAUAUCAAACAAAACAUUUUCGUUAAGUAAAUUUAUUGUGUAUAGAUAUAGAAACUACCUACCUUGUUUUAUUCUUCCAUAACUAAUUGUAUAAUAAUAAUAAACUAUUUAUAUACAUACCUUUA